CGCAUCCCAUCGAUUUUUUUCUUUCUUUUGGAGAUAAUAACAAUGGCGUCGUCGGUGGAGCUUCCGCUGGGGUUGCCAAGAACCGUGGUGCUGAAGAACAAGAACACGCACACUUUCCUGCGCUACACAAACGAAGAAGGCGGACAGCAAGGCCUCCUCCAGUUCACGGGGAAGGAAGCCGCGAGCCCUCUGGCCAAGUUCAACGUGGAAGCCUCCAAGACAACGGAAGGACUGGUCCACAUCCGAUGCGCCUCCAACAACAAGUACUGGAGGAGAUGGAAAUCCACCAACGACUGGAUCGCCGCCGCGGCCGACAGCCCCGAAGAGGACCAGUCCAAGUGGUCGUGCACGCUCUUCAAGCCCAUCAAGGUGGAGGCCGACGACCAAGCCCUCCUCGUCCGCUUCCUCCACGUCCAGCUCAAACACUACGCCUGCCUCUUCGCCGGCGCACAUCCUUACACCUUCUUCCUCUUCGCCGGAGCGGCAACGCCCAACAAAGACCUCUUCGACGUGUGCGAGGUGGUGGAUCGGGAAGCGCUCGUGGUGCUGCCUCAGCACGUGGUGUUUAAGGGCGACAACGGGUUGUACCUCCGUGUUGGCGAGCCGACCGCAAAUCGGAACUCGAUUCUUGAGUUCUCCGGCAACGACAUUGGCGAUCCGUAUGUAGGGCAUCAGGUGUUCACCACCCCAGAUGGGGCCAUUCAGAUCUUCGCCACUGGGAACCAAAAUUAUUGGUGGUUGGGAACAGAACGCUUCCCGCCGUUCUAUCCCUCUAUGAUUUAUGCGGAGCGCCGCGACAAUCCUGACAACAACCCGAGCACACUGUUGUGGCCUGUCAAACUAGACAAGAACGUCAUCGCUCUGCGCCACCAGGUCAACAACAUGUUCUGCAGGCGGGACGCAAGCACGGAGCAAGGCUUGUUCCUUGAAGCUGGGGUUCCCACCAUCACCCACGAGGCGAGACUCCAGGUGGAGGAGCAGGUGCUAUCCAGGGAGAUUUACGACGUACAGUAUCGCCUUCUUGAUGCACGAAUCUACAACCAGAAGAUCAUCACCGCGGCCACGGAGGACACCACCAACGACAGCCCCAACCCGGUGACCAACACGCUGACGCUGACGCACACGGACACCAAAAGCACCCAGUGGGAAGACAACGUCACCGUCCAGCUCGGAGUCACUGCUUCGCUGACAUGUGGCAUCCCCUUUAUCGGGGAGGCCUCCAUUGAGGUCUCGGCGGAGGAGUCCCACUCCGUCACCUGGGGUGAACAGGACGAAACCUCCAACACGCUGUCCAACCAGUAUGAUGCGACGGUGAGUCCCUACAGUAAGAUGAAGGUGAGCCUGGUGGCGACACAAGGUACCUGUGACGUCCCGUUUUCCUACACUCAGAGGGACCUUCUGUUCGACGGCACACCGGUUACGUACCAGAAGGACGACGGGGUCUACACUGGGGUUAACAGCUACAACUACCAGUAUCAGACCAAAGAGGAGCCACUGCCCAACAGGCCGCCACCCUCCGCUUAACUUCAUCAUCGGCUUGAUGCCGGCCAGCCGCUUGCUUGCUUGCUGUUUGGGAUUUGAUGUGAAUGCGCAUGCAAGCCACUCGCUGUUGCUCCUUUGCUUGCUCUUCUGUUUGUUUUCUCGAUCGCGUGUUGCUCUAAUACGUACCCAUGUUAAAUGCUCUUAUGUUUGUUUUCUCGCGCGUUUCCUUUAAUUAUUUCCUUUUCCUGGUGUUUCUCUGCUACUACCUACCUACGUACUCCUGUUUUCAUGUACUUGUUGUUGUGAUCUCAAUAAAAGCAAGCAUUCCAU